AACAAACAGAUAGCUAUCGUCGAGCGCCCCAAAGGACGACGAGUUGAGCCGCCACCGACGGCAGUUUGCGACCAAACGCUAAACUGAUAAUAACUUGAAGAACUCCUCUCUCGACUUAACAAACUUAAUUUUGAAAUCAUACAUAAAAGUUACAUUUAAGUGAUCACAAUUAUUAACUUGUGUAAAUAUCAAAAUAUUAAAGUUACUACAUUUGAAGCAGCUUUGAAGCAAACAGAUAGUUUGAAGUUUAAAAACUUUGAUAUUUUUGGUGGUUACUACAUAAACAUGGCUGGACCUUAUUUAUCUCCUAUGCCAGGAGAUUUGCUGACGGAAUACAUGUUUGGACGUCGCCGACAACGACGGAAUCGCACCACGUUCAGCCCGCAACAAUUGCAAGAGCUUGAAGCAUUGUUUCAGAAAACGCAUUAUCCUGAUGUCUUCCUCAGAGAGGAAGUGGCAUUGAGAAUAAGUUUAUCUGAAGCAAGAGUACAGGUUUGGUUCCAAAACCGACGCGCAAAGUGGCGUAAACAAGCUCGUCUGCAACUACUUCAAGACGCAUGGAGGAUGCGUUGUCUAGGGUUAACUUCACCACCACUUAUAAUUUCUGGAAGACAUUGUGGUGGAUUACCAGGUGAUCCUAUGCCAACUGAUAAACUACCAGAAGGCUAUCCUCUGAUGCAUCCUGGUCUUCAGCCGCCUCCACCGCAAUGCCCCUGUUCUCCAGGCGUCAGUAGUCGCAGUCCCAGCAUACGAAGCUCACCAAGCCCACGUCCUCUCUCACCAGGUGGCCCUGACGAUCUCUCGAUGAGCAAACACACUUCGGAAAGUGAACAUUUAAACAACAAUAAAAUUGAUGUUGAUGUAAAUAAUUAAUUUUCAAAAUUCAACAAGUCAAACAAUUUAACAUCUAAAACCACAUAAUGUAUUAUAUAAUUAUAAAAUAUGUAUUUAGAAGCAAAUAUUCUAGCUAUGUAGAUCGAUUCGAAUGUUGUAAAAUUCGUGAUUAGGCUAAUCAAUUAGAUAAGAAUAAAAACGCCAAUAUAAUAAAAACCA